CACUAUAACGUGGUGUACAGAUCUACAGAUCGCAUUAGAGGAUCCGCGGCAGCUGUGGGAAGUUUGUUGCCAGGUGUCUCUGAGCUACACGAAGCCGAACCGAAGACCAGCAGGAGAGCCCCGGACCGGCCAGACAAGACAAGAUGAGCUUCUUAUUCGGCAACCGUUCGUCUAAGACGUUUAAGCCAAAGAAGAAUAUUCCGGAAGGCUCUCACCAGUAUGAGCUGCUCAAGCACGCCGAAGCCACGCUGGGCAGCGGUAACCUGCGUAUGGCCGUCAUGCUUCCCAACGGAGAAGAUCUCAACGAAUGGGUGGCCGUCAACACGGUGGACUUCUUUAACCAGAUUAACAUGCUGUAUGGCACCAUCACUGAUUUCUGCUCGGAGGACAGCUGUCCGGUCAUGUCUGCUGGACCAAAAUAUGAGUAUCAUUGGGCGGAUGGGACCAACAUUAAGAAGCCUAUUAAGUGCUCGGCUCCCAAGUACAUCGAUUAUCUGAUGACGUGGGUUCAAGACCAGCUGGAUGACGAGACCCUGUUUCCUUCUAAAAUAGGUGUUCCCUUCCCCAAGAACUUCAUGUCUGUGGCCAAGACCAUCCUGAAGCGUUUGUUCAGAGUUUAUGCUCAUAUAUAUCAUCAACACUUUGACGCGGUCAUGCAGCUUCAGGAGGAAGCUCAUCUUAACACGUCUUUCAAACACUUCAUCUUCUUUGUACAGGAGUUUAACUUGAUCGACCGUAAGGAGCUGGCACCUCUUCAAGAGCUCAUCGAGAAACUCACUACAAAAGACAGAUAAACUGAGACGAGCGGAGGACAAGAAGUUAUCGAUGAAGAAAAACAGUGGUCCCGCUCUCUCUUCUGACUCUUCCUUCUAUCUUUCGCUCUGUACAGAUGAUUUUAACCCCACAGCACUGCUAGGCAAAGUGAAGGAACGGCACGAUGCUAAUAUUUCUCGAUGGGUCGGACGUGAUUUUUGGCAUUCGAUAACAACACGGUGCCCGGAUGAAACGGUUAGGUAUGAUUUAAAGUCCGUCGUAUUAGUUCGGUCACUGCGUGGGAGGGAUAUGAACGUACGGGAGUUGAACCACAGGCUGCAGUGAUUCGGUACGGUGCCUAUGCCGAAGCAGAGAAUAGGUGACUCGCUUUCCUUGACUAGCGUGAAUGUGAACGGGUGUUUGAUUCUUCAGCGCUCUAAUGCUGACAGCAGAAAGAUGGAGCAAAAUAGCUUAAAAGUCAAUUUUCCUAUGCAAUUAUGAACUUAUUUGUCCUCGCCGAUGUUAAAUCGAUGCUUGAAGUUCAUAUCGGUAAAAUGUUUUUUUCCUCAUAUAUUUCAUAUUGAAUAUCGGUCACUAUGAAGGUUUACUUUUAGACAGGUUUUGAAUGCUAAAAUAUGAAGCGUGCAUGCUGCAGUCGAUGCUUUGUUUGGGAAGCGUUGGCCUCGGAGACAAAAAGAAAUGUAUGAGAACAGCUCAGAGUCUCUUAAGAUGCUUGUUUUGCACAAGCCACGGCUGUUUCAGUUUUUUGUAAAGCGUCGAAUUGAUGCGACCGGGUUGCCAAACUUUUCUUAAAUAUUUAAACCGGUUUAAUUAUUAAAGCAUUUCAGUUGAAAUACACUUCUUCGUGUGGUCAGAACAGACCUGAAAUGUUCAGCACGGGAUGAAUUUAGCUUUAUCGUUUGGUCGUAUUAGUCGUCAUGGUUAGAAAUAUUCAGCAUUUGGUUCUGAAGUGAAUGACUGUGGGCUUUUCUUCUCUACCUCCAUUUUAACCUCCCCCCCCCAAUCUGCUCUUCUAUUACCACUUUUAUAGUUGUGUUAAAAAAAUUCCUUAGAUUUAUGUUUCUUGUUUCACGAAUGUAAUAGUUUUACUUCUAAUGGUUUGGACUACGCCGUGGUGUAAAAGUGCCAACCGCUGAUUAAUAUCGGACAGAUAUGAAGUAUUUAUAGAGCAUUUUUGUCACUGAAAUGAGAAUAUAUUUUCCCUGAACUGUAUAAUAAUUAGGUUAGAUUAAAUAUGUAAAUACAUGCAUAAGAUUUUCCUGAUAUUGUUCUAGUUUACAUGAAUAAAACAAUAUCACUAACUGAUGUUAUUUUUGCUGUACAUAGAGCAAAUAAAACCCUUCUCUUAACA